GAGAUGAGCCAGGACGGGCACCAGGUUGCCAUCCUGACGGCGGAGCUGACGGUCGCCCAGCGGGCCGGCGUCAUCCAGCGCUUUCGCGACGGGAAGGAGAAGGUCCUCAUCGCCACCAACGUCUGCGCCAGAGGGAUCGACGUGCAGCAGGUCACCGUCGUGGUGAACUUCGGCCUCCCCACCGAUCAGAAGAGCGAGCCGGAUUUCGAGACCUACCUCCACCGCAUCGGGCGGACGGGACGCUUUGGGAAGAAGGGCAUCGCCUUCAGCAUGGUGGAAAGCCAGAACGUGGGGCUGGUGCAGAUGAUAGAGGAGCAUUUCCAGACCAAGAUCAAGCAGCUGGACCCGGACGACAUGGACGAGCUCGAGAAGCUCGAGAACUGAGCGAGGAUUCGCUGCCCCGGCCCCGAGUUCUGGUUCAAAACAGAAGGAAAAGUUACAGGGGGAAAAAUCUCCCAGUUCUCUCCCUAAAGCUGUUGGGUUUUGUUGUGGUGUUUUAGGAGAAGACGGGGUGGGGGGAGCCCUCAGACCCAGCGAUUAUUGUCCUUGGUUUCGUUCCUUGUUGUAUCUCUGAGGUUUUCGUAGCCGUGACUUUGCCGGGGCUUGAGGAAUCCCCCGAGGGGGCUUAACGGGGGGUAACGUGCCUCGAAAACGGGGUCUAGGGGCGCUCGGAGUGGUCAGACAACAGGCUAAACGCUGGUAACUGGCCCAAAAACGUCUGCCGCUCGUCCCCAGGCGGCGGCGGGCGGCGUUUCCCCCGGCAAAAUCUCGGAGGAAACUUUAAUAAGG